AUGGUGUUCUCUAGAGAUCUCCCUUCUCCUGCAUCAAUUUUCUCUACCUAUUCAUCAAUGAUGGGAAUCUUCAUGAUGCUCAGACCAAUGGUUCACACGUCUUUAGUCGGCUCUCGUUCAUCGAUUCUUAUGCUCAUCAUCAAUCAGAGAGAUGGGACUCAGAAAAACGGUUAUAUGAUGCAAAACGAGCUCUAUUCCGCGGCUCAGAUUUAUCUCUCAAGCAAGAUAAGCCCUGAUGCAUCAAACCUAAGGAUUACUAGAUACCCUAACAAUAAGAAGGUCAACUUAUACAUAUGCCAAGGGGAGGUUGUCUCCGAUACCUACCAAGGCGCUGAGCUUAAGUGGCGACAUUUAGAUGGCAUCAAACAAAUCCCGGCUGCAGACGAUGGAGGACAAUAUCAAGAAAAUUUCAAUUGGGAAUGCUUCGAGCUGAGCUUUGACAAGAAACACAGAGACUUGGUCUUGAACUCUUAUGUACCUUAUGUGGAGAAGGAGGCUAGGCAAAUCUGA